AUGGGAACGACGCCACGGCGUGGGGUCCAUGCUGUGCGUGUGCGCGGGCGAUCGGCUGGUGGCGGCGGACGGCACGUCGCUGCUGGGCGCGACGCUGGCGGAGGCGCUGGCACUGCUGCGGCGCGACGGGCCCGCGCUGCUCACCCUGGAGUACGACGUGAGCGCGGCGGGCCCGCUGCUCGUGGAGGUGGCGCUGCCGCCGGGCCGCGACCUGGGCCUGACGCUGGCGGCCGGCGACGCGGGCCGCGUGCUCCGUCGCCGAACGUCACUUACGCAGUCGAUCAGGGAGGGGGUCAAAACCGGAAAGAAAGCCCCGGGCGAUAA